GGGACCAGGAAGAGACCAAGAGAAAGGAGGCCCGUCCCUGCCUGCUUCUGUCUCAAGAAGGCUGAGGCCACUUCCUGCCUUCUUGCCCCCAUGGCCCCUCUGCUGAUGCCACCUCACCCUGGAGAGGGUGGGCAGAGACUCCUACAGAGGGAGCCCUGUGGGCCAUCAAAGCUCCCCACACCAGUCACCACCUCGGGGCAAAGGCUGGCAGAUCCCCUAUUAGAGACAGUCCCAGGACUGUGCCAGGAGGGAGGGCCCACUGCUGCUCUGAGCCUUCACUUCCUUCUGUGUCCAAGGAAGCUUCUGGAUCACCCAGGAGCUCAGGUGUAUGGAUGAACGACCUGAGGGGCUGUAUGAGGGGACAGCCUCCUGGGGCUCCCCCACCCCCGACUUCCUGCACUUAGACGUUGAGGCCCAGAGAUUCUGCCCUGUGGCCAGACCCAGGCAUCCUGGUAGAGGGGGCUCUAGUCCAGGACCCACCACUGCAAGUCAUAUGGCCUGGGGCAGGGUUUCUCUAAGCCCCAUUCCCUCCUGUGUAGGACAGGGAGGUCAGAGGGGACCCUGCAGAUCCAGUCUCAUGUCUAGGGAUCCAGAGGUGACCUCCAGAAGGCCCAGUCUCUGUGUAGGGGAUCAUCAGCCCCCUCACCCCUUGUGCAAGGUCACGGUCCUUGCACCAAGGGAGCGGGCCUGGGGUGGGAAGAGGCCAGUGGGGCAGUGGUGGUACCUGGGGACUGCAUGGGAGCUCCUGCCAGGGAGGGAGAGGAACAGAAGACAGCUGGGGCUCUGGUGCUUGGGCUAGGGACUAAGUACCUGUGACCUCCACCAGCCCCCCCGGCCUCCUCUCCAAGGACUGAAUGUGGGGCACAGCAGGGCAGAGACUCAGGCCUGCCUUCCUUUCCCUGAAAGAGCCUGCACUGGCCCUGGGCAGAGAGGAUGAGAAGUGAGGCUGAGUGAGGUGGGGUUGCAGGGAUCCAGGUGGGAGGGGCCCAGCCAGCCAAGCCCAGGCCCGGCCCCUCAGCAGCAGGACCAGGACUAGGGCCUUUGGGCUGGGUGACUUGGCACUGAUCACAAGGGAGGACCUUUUGCAAUAAGGGAAAAGAAGCCGGAUGGAUAAAGGAAGUGCUGGUCACCCUGGAGGCGCAUGGGUUUGGGGAAGGCUCCCGGCCCCCACAGUCCUCCGAAGAGCCUGACCCCGGCUCUCCUCACUCACCUCAACCCCCAGGCGGCCCCUCCGUAUGGCCCCUCUCCUGCCUAAACGGCUCUGCUGGUCUUCCUGUCCCCUGGAGGAGAGCAAGGCCAUGGGUCGGUCCCUGCUGCUGCCCCUGCUGCUACUGCCAGUAUUCCUGCAGGCUGGUGGCUCCACAGGAUCCAGUCCAGGGUACCCCUAUGGGGUCACUCAACCAAAAUACCUCUCAGCCCCCAUGGGUGGCUCUGUGGAAAUCCCCUUCUCCUUCUAUCACCCCUGGGUGUUAGCCAGACCUCCGAACAUGAGAAUAUCCUGGAGACGGGACCAGUUCCAUGGGAAGGUCUUCUACCGCACAAGGCCACAUCGAAUUCACAAGGAUUACUCAGAUCGGCUCUUCCUGAGCUGGAGAGAGGGUCAGGAGAGUGGCUUCCUCAGGAUCUCGAACCUGCGGAAGGAGGACCAGUCUGUGUAUUUCUGCCGAGUCCAGCUGGACAUAGAGACAGAUGAGGACAUAAACACAUCAGGGACGAAGAUAUGGCAGUCUAUUGAGGGAACCAACCUCACCAUCACCCAGGCUGUCAAGACCAUCACCUGGAGGCCCAACAGCACAACCACCACAGCCAACCUCGGAGUCACAGAGGUCAAAGGGCACUCAGAGUCUUGGCACCUAAGUCUGGAGACUACUGUGUGGGUGACAGUGGCUGUCGCUGCACUUGGAAUCAUGAUUUUGGGACUGAUUUGCCUCCUCCGGUGGAGGGGAAGAAAAGGUCAGCAGCGGACUAAAACCACAACCUCAGCCAGGGAACCCUUCCAAAACAUAGAGGAACUAUAUGAGAAUAUCAGGAAUGAAGGACAAAGUACAGAUCCCAAGCAUAAUCCCAAGGACAAUGGCAUCAUCUAUGCCUCCCUUGCCCUCUCCAGCUCCACCUUACCCAGAGCACCUCCCAGCCACCAUCCCCUCAAGAGCCCGCAGAACGAGAUCCUGUACUCUGUCUUAAAGGCCUAACCCAUGGAGAGCCCUCUCAAGACUGAAUGGUGAAGCCAGGCAUAGUGGCACAUGCCUGUAAUCCUGGCUCCUUCAAAGCCUGAGGCAGAAUAGAUUCAGCCAAGGCGUCAGGGCCAGCUUUGACAACAUAGCAAGAGGCCAUCUCUAAUUAAAAAUAUAUAUUAAUAAUAAAAUAACAAAUUUUUAAAA